AUGUCAACAGAAUCCCUCCCGAUCACCCUCGCUGCUUUCGCUGAAGCUAUCAAAGAGCUUCCGCUCUCCACCGUUUACGCCAAAGCCUCAGAGCUUAGGAACUCUAUCGCACAUCUGCGGCGCUCAAAUGAGGAACUAAGGGCGUUCGUAAAUGAGUCAUGCGAUACUGAGGGUGAGGCACGCGAGUUGGAAACGUACAUAACCGAGAACGAGCAAGUGAUGGGAUCCAUGAAUGAAAGGAUCUCACUAUUAAAGUCGGAGAUAGAGGGCCGGGGUCAGCAAUGGAUCGAGAUGGAGGAUACCGCAGCAAAUGAAGACCAACAGUCAUCAUCUGUAUUUGCGCCUGGUACCAAUGGAGUAGCUGGAGAACGAAGAAAUUCUGUUCAACAUGAAUCGUCCACGGUGGACACCCAGAACGACCAGGGACAAAACGGGGUCUAUCUAUGA